AUGGCUCCGCCGACGGACGUCUAUUUCCCAUCGCUGGACGAUUGUUUUGGCGACAGCCAACUCAUAUCAUGGAAAACCGCAUACCUGUCCAUAGCGAGGACAGACGAUGAAUCUAAACCCGAUAGGAAUAUUGCAGACUUUCUCUCCGCUCCAACCAGUCUCAGCAUCCUCUCGAAUCCCUACUCUCCAUUCCCGAAACCAUCUAAUGCUUCAAAAACCGCAUUCGAGUCUAAGACGGCCGCUAUUCACGUUACGUCCUCUAAAAACACAUCUGAUUCCGAUGAAGUAAAGUCGGAUGCGCUAUGGCUGAGCAAGGAGGCCGGAAUAGACGAGGUGUCCGCGUUGCGCAUCGUGGUGCUAGCCUGGCAACGUCGCCGUGAAAACGAACUGCUGUCCCAUUUUUCGGAGGAGGAAUUUACGAGUCUACACGAUGCUGUUGGAAUUGGAAGGUCACCACACGGAUCCUACGGAAAUGAGGCCUCUAGCAUCAUCAAAUACGCUGGCUCGCAAACCGGAACGUCCGAUAGAUUGAAGUCCAAGGAAACGAGACAGAAGAUCCUCUUCCAUAUUUGGCUAUCAGAGCAACGACACAUACUCAAGCUAUCGCAUUUUUUGAUAGCCACGUCACUAAGAGAUAGACCGCAGGGUCAACAGAAUUCGGAGUCUAAGCCAUCUGGCGAUUCCGAUGAGGAUUCUUCCAUUGCGGAAGCCAGCCAGUUAGGAAGUGUAAUUCUCAAGGGUCAGUGCGGCGAAUUAAAGGUGGAUAAGACCGAAAUUAAUAUUCCGAGCUGCAUCGAGGCUUUCCGGCUACGCAUCAAGGGACUGGAGAGUGGGAGCUGGUGGUCAAAGGCGGUAGGGCCGGACAUGUUGAUGGAGAAUUCAUGGCAAUCAAGCUCUCUCGAGGAACUUGUCCAGAUAUUAAGCCUCAUUUUCCUUCAAAUCAGAUCCUCCGAAGCUAUUCCCUCCUCUGAAGUGCUGUUGUCCUGGCUCAGAUUGAUGAGCGACUAUGAAUUUCUAGAGACCAUUCGCCCAUCAACGGAGGAACAAGUGGCUAUAUGCUCCAAGCUUCAGACGCUCAUAUCAAUAACGACACUUUCAUUCCUCAAGCUUCAGACAUCUUCCGCGCGCUUGGAUAAGCCAGAACUAAAGCCAACGAAUGCGCCAUACUUCCUAUCCCAAAAGGACAUUGGCGAGAUCAAUGAGAUAUUCCUCAAGGCAGCCCAUGCUGGUCGGCUAACCGCAAGUCCUGCUGUAUUUUCUUGGGCAGUAAUCAUGUACUCCGUUGGGGAAAUCGCCUUGGCCAUAAAGGAAAAUAGGGAGCUUCAGCAGGCAAAUCAUGCCGUUGAAUCCUUUAAUAACAGCACACAGUUUGCGACACCGUCUGGCCUUUCAGAACUAUCCAUUUACGAGGAUGUCUGGGAAAAAGCACACAACCCCGAAUUCGACGAAGACUUUGUCAGGUUUCUUGUCUCGAGUGCCGUUGAUAGAUGUCGCUUGCUUGAACUCGUAUUCGCCAUAUCAGAGCAGCUCCGAGCUAUCCCUGGCCAGGGAGAGGAAAACUUGGUAAACCAAUGGGGUCAACUAGAACUUUUGGACCUGAUUAGGGCCGGCGUUCAAUACCUGGACUACAUCCCUGAGCUUGUAGCGGCGGUUUUGUGUAUCGUUUCAGAACCGAAUGAAUAUCAAAGCCUGGGCAAGGAACCAAAAUCCGAUGAUGCUUACGAUCCCCGAGCCGUGUUCCUCGGAGACGACGUUUUGAUGGAAAAGAUCUUUCGAAACGCGAAAUCUCGAUUCCCAUAUGAGGCUAUAAACUUUUUGAAAUUUUGCAGAGCUCUCGCAGGAUGCAGCUUAUCAAACGACGACGGAUUACCCGUAAUCUGCCAAGAGCUAGAGUCUAUGGCUACCUACACGCAGGCCGUUGCACCUGGGUUCCAGGGAUAUAGGUCAAUCCGAGAAGACGAGAACGCGAACUACGUCAAGCUUAUCGCUCCGCUUGAUAUGAAGGAGGUCGCUUCUACAAGGCGAGAUGUAAUGCAGACCUCAAACGAAUUGGUUCUUGCCAAUGAAUUAUCUGUUCUACCCGCAGUCACCGUUGGCCAGGUUGUCAGCGAGUCGAAGCCUGCUGUGAUAAUGUGGCAUCACCAGUAUAACUGCCUUGGAUUUCUCGGAAAGUGGUUAGAACAAGCUACGAACAGUCGUGGAAAUGAGAAUGCCCCUGAUGAUGAAGUAGCCUCCGAUAUCAUCGGCCUACUCGCCGAUUUGAUAGACACUGCAUAUGCAAUUUCUAGAAGAAAUGGGCACGAAUCUUCUGCCAAACGAAUUCUAGAGAUGGCGAGUGACGGAUUGGAUCGUCAUGCCGAUAUUCUCUCUGUGAUUUUCGAUAUCUUUGAACGGAGCCUCCAGAGCGCCAGUUCCGCGAGCUCCAGCAAUCGAAACCUCGAUCUCACCAUGUCGUGUAUGCAUUUUAUUUCUGCUCUAACCAAAGUUCUCCCCGGCAGAGUUUGGCCAGCACUUAUACGAAGCUCAUUCCUGUCAACGAAUGGAAAUGGAGGAAUGCUCGAUAAAAUCAUUUUCUCGGUGGAGGCAAGCUCGGGGGAUCUUUCAUUCCUCCUGUCGUCUAUUAGACUAUUUGAGUCUGUUGUCGAUGACGCUAUUACACAUGCUGCACUUCGAAGGACGACCGCAAAAGUUACCUCUUCAUCCUACGUCGUUGAGUAUACAGCUGGAAUUCCCGUACGUUCAAUGCGCACCUGUCUGCUCAGCUUUGUUCGGGCGAUGGUGGAGAUAUACAACAGCGGUUCAGGUUGGAAACACAACGACAUUCAUCAGCAGAUCCAAAUCAACACAUCUUUAGCCAAUAACUUCCAGAAAAUUCUCUAUUAUGUUUACGGAACAGACGAUACCCAAGAUCUCGACGAUAAAGUGACUGCCGUUUUUUCAAGUUCUGCCAAAUACCUAUUGAACAUUCUUCGGCCAGGAUUGAAUGAGAGUCUUCCGGCUAAUCCUAUCUUGCGCAUUAUACUGGGCGGCUUUGAAGCCCAUGUGCCUGAAAAUAUGGUUCAUUUUAAUCCUCACUGGAAUACGUUAAUAGUAUCGACACUUGAUCUGGCCAAAAUAUUAGUACAGGUCGGGUGGCUGACAGAUGCUCCUGUUUCUGCGCUCGAGAAGCAGCUCUUCAGCGCUUCACCGGUACUAGCGAGAUUAUUUGUCCUUGACCGCAGGUAUCAGCUCCCGGUUGCAACAUUGCUUGAGUUACUCAUGUCUCGCGCUUCCGCAUACACAGAGGGGGAGCCUCCAUCGUUACUUGGACACCUUGGUGCCGAAUCCUCCUGCCGCUUCCUAGAUGCUCUUGCUAAAUUCGACCAGCCAUUUGGAUCCGAAGAUAUUAAGAUAGCCAUAUGGACGCUUGUAACCUCCGUCAUAACCAAACGACAACAGUGGCUUGCUGUUUUCCUGCUCACAGGUUGCUCACCCCGAGAGUCAUUGAAAGCCGACUCGGAUAAAGGAGCUGCGUCUAUGAAAUCAAAACCAUUCCUAGAAGCUUCUCUGGAUCUACUGUCCUCCAUAUCUUCCAUCCCUCCCCAGAUAGCAGUCGCUGCCCUACAUUUCAUCGCCAAAGCCCAAGAAAACUGGCCCUGGGUAACACCAGAGCUAAAGAAGCAUCCAAACUUCUUCACAGUGGUGACGAAAUAUGUCACAGAGCUAGACAUCAACAAACUCCCACCAUACAAAAAAUGCAUGAACAUAAGGAUUGCAGCGCUGGUGGUCGAUAUUUGCAACGUAUAUCUGCAUAGCGCCAAGGAAGCAAGAGACGGAUCGUUCUUCAAAACACUGAUUCCACUUGUGUCCUGGCUCUCGGAGAAUGCAGUUGAAGUCGACGGCUAUAAUGCGUCACUACACGUGAACUUGAAACGAAAUUUCGAGAUGAAGUAUCGCGAGAGCAAGAUAUCAAACAUCAAACGUACUGCUCUCGUACGACCAGAAUUCGGGGAAGAGUACUAUUACGAUGUUCCUAUGGGCAAUAAGUUAUUUGGCUAUGAUUUCGCAUGGGUUGGUAAACGGGAUCAAGGAUUCGUGGAAGAAGUCAAACGAGCCAAUCUAAAUCUGUCUCUCGUUGAGGCGCAAAUGUCACUUCUUCAUAGCUGGAAAUUCUUCGCGAUUGAACAUUGCUCGGAUUUCAUGCCUGACCGUGAAGUUCAGAAAUCCAUGGCUCGCGUUGUUCGUCGUUGCCUAGUUGCAAAUUCUCAAGAUAUUCCUGAUGAGCAAAUAUUUUUCAAGCUACUUGAAACUCGAGCAGAGUUCGCUGUAGCUUUGCUUCAUCGCCUGGUCGAAGUUAAGUCUACGGGUGCAGAGGUGUUCAGCCUUCUAGCUGUUGCAUGGGAGACUAUCAGGGUUUGCAGCCCGACAUACGAGAGCGCUUUGUUGCACGAUAAUACGGAAUACUACGGCCUUUUGCUGAACGUAUUGUUUCUCACUCUGCAAUUCCACGUUGCAGGUGCUAGCAAAGUCAACCCCGAAGCUGUUAGCAAGAAACCUGAGGUGUCUUCCGACCUCUCUGUGGUUGUCGACGUGAUUAAGAACGUUGUUGCGAAUGGCUACCGGACUCUAUGCACACAUCUACAUGAUGACCCCCAGAAGUGCACUCCAAAGGACUUCGCGAUCUUGACCGCGAUCCUGCAAACUUCUCUGAAGGUGAAAGAUGUCGACCGCAUAUACGAACAGAUUGCGUUCCAUCUAGCCGAUAGCGAUACCAUUAGAUAUGCAGCCACUCUCUUCUCCUGGUCAUAUCAGCUGACUAUUGACGGUGACCCAGUUUACGGAGAGAUCAGCAUGUUGUACCUCCUGGAGCUAUCUUGCAUCCCUAAUAUCGCUGAGCAACUAGCAGUAGACGGAAUACUUGUUAAACUAUCAACAUACCGACUAACCGAGAUAUUCCGUCAACCUCAAGGGUGCGGGCCAUUCGAUCCUACUCCAAGGCUCUUCUCCAUAUGGAAUACCGGCUUCCUUCCUCUCUGCUUGAACUUACUCUACCACAUUGGACGCACUGUACCCGAAGUCGCUGCAUUCCUCAACCAAUUUGAAGGCCAACUCCGCCGAGCGUCGACUGCAUUUUCACUCGGUAGCCCAACGAUAGUUUCCAACUCAAGUCUAGCUGCAAGCCAUCAUUCCGUCAGGCGGCUAUCUCUUGGGAUGGCGACCGAAGCCUGUUCGCUGGCACUUAUAUCGAUGAUAAUUCAAAAGUUCCGAGACGCAGGGCCAAGCGCAGGUGUAGACCCACAGAAUAUACAAGAUCUCAAGUGGGACAGGGUGCAAGUGAAGGACGAUAUUGAUGCUUUGUUGGAGAAGCGGUCGGUUCUGCGAUCGCGUAUCACUCCAACUAGUGAAAAGGAAGUUGCUUGGUCUCAACGUCCGCCUCUGGAUCGAUCGGGUGGAGCGGAGAGUUUGCUCGAAGAAAAGAUAGUGAAGGAGCUUCAAACAGCCGUUGCAUGUAUGGGCGCAGGAAAUGAUGAUUAG